GGUAUUUAAUUCUCAGGAAAACCUGAAGAAACUCAUUUAAUCAACAUGGCACCAACAGCACCUUGUUUGGUUUUAAUAAUCUUGGUGCUAGCUUUUCAGCCCAUUUACGGUAAUGUUAUUAUUUAUCCGUCACCCCAGGGUGUUAAUCCAUCGAACAAAUUUCAAGUGUUCGUAAGCCAAGGCAAUCACCGACAGGCAAGUGUCACGUACAUAGCUACGUCCGAUAUUCGUGCUAAACAAGCACCUCAUGUUACAGCCGGGCGAUCUGUUUCGUGGACAUCCUUUGCGUUUACUGGUGGACCAGUAACCGUUGAGAUUCACGCACCAACUGAUUUCAAGAACUGCAUCGUAAGACCUAAAAGUUAUGGAUACGCUUGUAAAAGGAUGGGACCUAAAAAGGCCCAAAUUACCGUUAGUGAAACGAGUCGGAUGAUGUCCAUAGAAUUUGACAAUGAUUAUGGAACGACAAAUGAUGAUGAUAUUAAGGAUAAACUUUUAGUGUUUGCCGACCCCCCAGAAACAAAUGUACCCGAUGAGCACGAUAGUUCUGUGUUGUAUUACAAAGCUGGUGUCCACAACUUGAAUGGUCAGCUUCAUCUUGAUAGUAAGAUUAAGACUGUUUACUUGGCUCCUGGUGCAUGGGUAGAAGGUGGUUUUAUAACCAGUGGACAACAUCCUGUUACCAUUCGAGGCCGCGGUAUUUUAUCCACGCAAACCUACAAAUGGCACGAUCAUCGAUUCGCCUACGGGAUGGUGACCAUGGAUAAAGGCAAUCAUCACGUGCUAGAAGGUAUAACAAUGGUGGAUCCCGAGGAGUUUUAUUUUCAGGGCUUGGGUGAUCACAACACUGUCCGUAACGUGAAGAUGAUCGCUCCCUGGGCGUUCAACUCUGAUGGUGUUGGUAUGGGGCAUGAUGGUGUUGUGUUAGAUACGUUUAUUUGGGCUAAUGACGAUGCCUUUAAGGUAUACACGAGUCGUAUGGUGGUGGAACGGUGUGUGGUAUGGUUGGCUCAAAAUGGUGCUGUUUUCCAGAUGGGCUGGACGCACACACGUGAUGUGCAUAACGUUUCGAUCAAAAACGUUGACGUCAUCCACGUGGAUCUGUGUAACUUCCACGGUAGUAACUGUAAACUAGCUGCUAAUGCCGCAGUUUUUAAUAUCGGCGGCCAUGUUCGACAAUUUAAAGUAAGUGACAUCGUAAUGUCGAACAUCCGGGUUGAAGGUUCGUGUCCCAGGUUAAUUUACUACACCAUGAAGGAUGACGUAACUGGAAGUGUUUCUAAUAUCCAUUUUGACAACUGGACCGUCGAUUCGCAACCGAUGCAUGAUAGUCUUCAUAAUGAGAUAAAUGGGUCAGCGCAUGGUGGCAUGAUGUCUAAUUGGACCUUUACCAAUCUAAAGGUCGGAGGUCAUUGUAUUACGGGCCCUAAACAAGCGGACUUCUUGGUCGGAUCCCACACUAGUAAUAUUAAAUUCAUCUGUCAUUAAAUUCUGGAUCGUUCUGAUUAUCAUUUAUUAUUUACGUGGAGGAAUGAAAUGGGGUUUUAUGUCCUAUUGUUCUGCCCCGGCUGGGUUAAUGAAGAUGGGCAUACACCAUACACU